UGUGCAGGAAACACAAAAAAAGUGGCCAACGAUUCCUUCCCAAAAUGCAUUGACGUGACGUCUCCAUCGCGCCAUCUUCGUAAGCGGACGAUCAGUGGACGUUGAAUGAGAACCCGUGCCUUUUGAAAGAAACGUCUGCUACAUGGAGUGAUAAGAUUGCUUUUUCCAGGUGGUUCAGCAACUCUUGUCAUCAUGGGGAUCAAGGUUCAACGUUCUCGGUGUUUCUUUGACAUCGGAAUUGGAAGCGCAGCAGUCGGUCGAAUCAUUGUCGAGUUGUUCACAGACAUGUGUCCCAAAACAUGUGAAAACUUCAGAUGCCUUUGCACUGGUGAGAAAGGUGUUGGUAAAGUAACCCAGAAACCGCUUCAUUACAAAGGAUGCCUGUUCCAUCGCAUUGUGAAAGACUUUAUGAUUCAAGGAGGCGACUUCAGUGAAGGCAAUGGAAGAGGAGGCGAAUCCAUCUACGGGGGCUUUUUUGAAGACGAAAGCUUUGCUGUGAAACAUAACAAGGAGUACUUGCUGUCUAUGGCCAAUAGAGGAAAAGAUACAAAUGGAUCACAGUUUUUCAUAACAACCAAACCAACUCCUCAUUUGGACGGGGUCCAUGUGGUUUUCGGCCACGUGAUUUCUGGUCAAGAGGUCUUACAAACUAUGGAGAAUGAGAAAACGGAUCCCAACAGCAGACCCUACGCCGAAAUCAAGGUUUUGAACUGCGGGGAACUCGUCCCCAAAUCAAAAGCCAAGAAACGUGACAAGAAGAAGGAGCGCGCUUCGUCCAGUUCCAGCAGUAGUUCCAGUGACUCCGACAGCACCUCGGAAUCCUCCUCCGAGUCCGAAGAAUCGGACAAAGAGUCCAAGAAGCAAAAAAAGAAAGCCAAAAGGCAAAAGAAGAAACAGAAGAAGGACAAAAAGAAGGCCGACGAGCAGCCUGAAGUUGUCGAAGAGAAAGAACAAGAAGAGGUGGUCACGUCCACCGUGCGUCCUGAAGAAAUACCGCCCGUCCCCGAGAAUCGCUUCCUGAUGAGGUUCUCCCCGGUCGAGCAAAAAAAAGAGGAGCCCGUCAAGGACAAAGAAAGCAAAGACGAACGCCCUCGCGACAGAUCGAGCGCGCAAUACAAUUCUCAGUCCAUGUACAACAGAAGAUUGGUCAUGACGCGAUCCGGCAGGAAAAUCAAAGGCAGGGGCCCCAGGAGAUACAGAACUCCUUCACGCUCUCGUUCACGAUCCAGAGAUCGCUUUCGCCGCAGCGAAACUCCGCCCCACUGGCGUCUGGAGUUGCAGCGUCAGAGGAUGAGGGCGGUCACGGGGGAGCGUUGGAUUAAAGGAGACAGAGGCGACAUGAGCGAGGACAAGGAGGAGGCCGCCGGCGGGAUCCCUCAGAGGAGAGAGCGGCGGACCUCCAGUUCCAAGCGCGAGCACGCGGACGAGGGGAAAAAGGACAAGAAAUCCAAAAGCAAGGAAGAUUCCGGGGAGAAGCAAGGCAAGCAGAAGGAAAAGAAAAAGGCCAAAUCUAAAAGUCGAAGCAGAGAAAAGAGCAGACGCUCCAAAAGCAGAGAGAAGAGGAGACGCUCCAAGAGCAAAGAGAAGAGUCAGAAGAAUAAACGCGGUGACAGGAAAGAUCGCUCGAGGAGCAAAGAGCGAAAUGCGGACAAGAAGGAGAAGGAAAGCGAUCACGGCAAAGAGAAAAACAGGGAGCAGGAGUCUGACGGCAAGAAGAAAGAGGAUUCCAAGACGAGCAACGGCGAGAGAAGGCGGACAAAGUCGCAAAGUCAAGACAGAAGCUCCAAGGAGCGACGGCGAUCAAGCAGCCGAAACCGAGAGAAGGCCGCGCGCGCCGCCUCCAAGGACAAGGACGAAAAACGCCGAGAGAGGGGCCGGGAACGCAGCAGGAGCGCGCACAGGCGACACGGCGACGACAAGGACGACAAAAGGCGGCGGACGCGCAGCCGCGAGCGCAGGAAAAGCCGCGAGCGCAGCAAGGCCCGCGAUUCCUACCGAAGCAGGCGCUCCAGAAGCAAGAGCAGCCGGAGGGGACGCAGCAAAGAUCGCAAGGACGGCCAGCGGAGGCGACGACGCAGCAGGUCCAGCAGCAGCAGUUCCAGCAGCUCCAGCAGCAGCUCGGACAGCGAUCAAGACAGACGCAAGCGUCGCAAGAGCCCCGAUUCCAAACGCAGAAGAUCCAAAAGCGCCUCCAAAGACGGGAAAAGAACCGACACGACGAAAGGCAAAAGCAACAGCAAACGGGAUCACUCGAGCCCCCGUUCAAGGUCUCGCAGCGACUGAAACCGUCUUAAAAUUAGUUGUGCCCCCCCGGCCCCCACCACCCUCUUUCUCCUGAACGUCGUCAUAUGCGCAAGUACGCAUUUUCCGCGCUGCUCCGUCUUUCCAAAGAGCCGCGCAUGGUGAUAUUUCUCACUCGGUUUGUCCACAGCGCCAUUUAAAAAAAAAUAAUAAUAAUAAUAAUUCCCUGACAGUAAACGAGAGGCUGCACCUGACAACUGCGAUGGCUGCAAGAGGCCAGCGAUCAACCCCCCCCCAACCAACAAAAGAGACCACAGGGGCUUCUUGUGAGCCAAGGACUUGGUUUUUGCGCUAAACAAAAACGGUUUCUGCGGCCGACUGAUGGCGUACUGUAACUGAGGACUUAAAAACCAAACCGUCGUUUGAUUAUUUGGUUCAGCCAAUUAAAGAUUUUGCUGUAAGAAACGUUUUUUUUUUAUUUUUUUUUUUUUAACCGAAGCUCGUUUGGUUAUUUUAUCUUUGAAGUGGAAAAUGUGAUUUAAAAGAGCGGGGGGGGGGGGGAGAAAAUAAUCCUUUGCAUGCUUCUUUCAGACCAUGAGGUUUUCACUUCAUGGGUCCAGUGACCUUUUCAAUGACCUCCAGCUCGUCUCUGUAUUCUUGCUGUCAACUUGUUUGUUGUUUUUUUUUUUUUUGUUUUUUUUAAUGUGCAAAAUGUUCAUGGCGCAAGUGCGACAAAACCAACUUGGAUGAGAUGUUCAUUGCGCACGUUGGUUUUCGUCGCGUGCCCUCUGUGUAGAAUGGAAAUUAAAAAGACACCAUUUUGUUUUUACAAUA